AUGACUGCACUGCAGGUCAGGGAAUCCAAAAUCCUACGCCGGUCCGCCACGGUCGAGAACCGGAACUUGGAAUCCGCUACAGAGACAGGACCUGUUUUGAUCAAGAUUCCUCCGCCAGUAAUUAUAAGGGUUGAUUUCAAGGAAGUGACUAGUUACCCGCUCCUCUCCCCGCUAAAAUGGCCAACUGUAAUCAAAGAAGGUUCUAAUAAAACCGGUUCCCCAAGGACGAAUGGCUUGGUGGGAGGUCCAACCGUAUCCCCAAAAGUCACUCGUGCAAGGCUGCAAUAUAAAACCCAGGAUUUCUCUCCGUAUGGACUGUACCGAGACUUCCUCCACAGUAGUGAAAACUUGGCGUUCCAACACAUGUCCUCAUGGAUUAAACAGAAACACUUCGUUACACAUGCUACAAAUUUGCACUACCCAAACAGUGAUCUGGGAGUUGGGGGCGGAAAACAAAGGUAUCGUGGUUUCAUGAUUGAGAAGAACUGCCGAGUCUAG